GGACCUUCAGAAAAAGCAACUAAAUAAUCUGCCAUCAUGGCUAAAGAGGCCAAACACCUUGUCCAGUACCUCAACUGCUAUAAAAAUAAAAAGGUUAUGACAACAUGUCUACCUCAGUCUCCCACGGUUUCUCCUGAAGGCAAGUACAUUUUUGGAUCCUCCCCGUCUGAGAAUCGGCGCAAGAAACCCUCCUCCUCGCCGUCGACGCCCACCACGCCCACACCCCCAUCCACUCCCCGCCAAGCACACACCCCGGCAACAGCACGCAAGAUGCAGCAACCAGAUGAAUCGCCCAAGCUGCAACCUGUUACAUCAAUCAUGCAACAAUCCACAGCCCAGAUACAACAUGCACCACCACCACAGCAACAACAACGUCAGCAACAAGUACAACACCAACAGCAGCAACCACAACCACUGAUUCAACAUCAAAUACAACCCCAAAGCAUACAGACAAAGUCUAUAAAUAAUAUCAAGAGUGGAGAAGGACUGGUCAGAUAUUCCUUUGAUCUAGAGGUGGAUUAUAUUACAGAGAGAUUAAUUGCCGUGUCUUUCCCAUCUGGUGGGCUUGAGAACCAGUACCGUAGCAACCUGCGUGAUGUAGUUCGUAUGCUGAAGAGCAAACAUAACAACAGCUAUGUGGUCUUCAAUUUAUCAAGGAGGAGACAUGAUGUAUCCAAGCUAAACCAAGAGGUGCGUGAUUUGGGCUGGCCCAAUGUCUUGGCUCCUCCUCUAGAGAGGCUUUGCAGUAUCUGCAAACAGAUGGAGACCUGGAUGAAGGGCAACCUCAACAAUGUUGUGGUGCUACAUUGUAAGGGUGGCCGAGGGCCCAUAGGGGUAGUGGUAUCAGCCUUUAUGAACUAUUUGAGCAUCACAUCAGCGAAUGACUCGACCAUGGACCGUCACGCUAUGAAGAGGUUCCUGGAUGCCAAGGGUUGGAGUGGCAUGCACCCGUCUCAGAUGCGCUACAUCGAUUACUUCUCAGGACUUCUUACCAACUCGAUCCAGAUCAACAGCUCGCCCCUCUUUCUCCAUCAUGCCGUCAUCCAUGGUGUGCCCAACUACGAUUCUAACGGAGGUUGCCGUCCUUUCCUGAGGAUAUACCAAGGCAUGAGCCCUGUAUACACAUCUGGUGUCUACACCGUGCCAGAGGGAACAAGUCGCUUUGUGAUCACACCACGCAGUGCUAUUCCUCUACGAGGAGACAUUCUGUUGAAGUGUUACCAUAAGAAGUUCAGAUCAACGACCCGAGACACAGUGUUCAGAUGUCAGUUCCAUACAACGGCAGUCAUGGAGUAUAGAUUGGUCUUCCAAAAGCAGGAACUAGAUGAUGCUUGUACAGAUGCUAGAUUCCCAGAAUUCACCAAGGUGGAGCUGAUCUUCUCUUCCACUCCCGAUGCCCUUCACGGGAGUGACUACGUCUCGGGAGCCAGCUUCCCGUCUGAACACAUCGAUGAUCCCCUCAUCAGAUGGGAUUCUUAUGAACACUUCAAUGACAUCAUCGAAGGACCAGAAGACGGAGGCCCUGACCUCAAUGAAACAUCUGGGAACAACAACAACAACAUGAUCCUGGACAUCCCUCACAGCUCGGCUCCCGAUGGCAGCCUUUACGCUCAGGUCAAGAAGUCCCCAUCACCCGAGCAGUCACCGGUCAUCCCGAGACUGACCAAUGGAGACACCAAUACGGCCCCCUUGCCGUAUGUCCUUUCCCCAGACAAAGCCCCUCAGGUGAACACUUCGAGGGAUGGAGGCAAGAGGAACAUGGACUACCGGGAGAGAAUGGCUCUGGAUGAACUGCUCAAAGGCAUCACGGGAGAGGACACAGACGGAGGCAUUGUGGUCAAUAACAACACACAGUGGAAGGCACCACCAUCACCUGAUAUUAACACGGUUCUCCACCAUGAGCCAGUUCACACAAGACGUAUUGUAAGCGUUAGUGAGGAUCUCCGCCACGCUCCCGUCUCCCAGUCCAAGCCCAAGCCACCGCCCACACUUCAGGAGGAUAUCAAGGAAGAGUCUGCCGGUCAGGAGAAUUCUUCACCAUCCAAGAAACCAGUAUCUAGGAAGGAGUCCAGUGAGGCUGAGAACCCCUAUGCAGAGAUCACAGAUGCCAUGCAGCAGAAGCUUCAGCAGAACCCUAACACCAACCAGAGUGGUCCACACCAGGAGAGGAUCACACCGGUCGUAGUGACUAACCAGGAGCACUCAGCACCACCAAUGAUGAAUGGAGGCACCAAUAUGCCAAGAUCCGUUGAGCAGCACAAUCCGACCUAUGACAUCACGCCCAAAGGAUCAAAGCAUGGGACAAUGCAGAAUGGUCAUGCGACCCCGAAUGGUCAUGUGACCCAGAACGGACAGGUGGUCCAGAACGGACAAGUGGCCCAGAACGGACAAGUGAAUCUAAACCCAGGUCAGGUGAACAUGAAUCCAGGACAUAUAAAUGUUCAGAAUGGACCAACACCUGUGACCUAUAAUCAGAUGGUUCGUAACCCAAGUCCUGCCCAACCUUACAUAGCACAGAUGAAUGGGCCUGUGGAGACCCCUAUCAUACCCAACUCAGCCAGUAGGGUGACAGAAAGGACUCCCAAUUUUAAUAGAUUAGAAAAUGGCCCCACAUCGCCUGUGCACCAAAAUUAUGAGCCACGCCCAUUGAGAGCCAGAGAGGAUAGGUUCCAACUCCUGAGGAAAGACCCCAAUGCACCCCAACAACAGCAGUACCAGCCUUCCACCCCAUCCCCCUCCCAGGUAAGCCCUGUCAGCCCCACUGGGGAGGAGGAGGAUGGUGGGCUUGGCUGGCUCAAGAGGCAGCAGGACAGGCUUCGUGAGAAGCGGGAGAGGGAAAACGGGAGACCCAUCGUAAGGGAAGCGCCCGCAGAACCCAUCAGGGCCAUGCCCAUCAAUGCAUCACCUGCAUCACCUAUCAGGACCAUGCCUGUCAACGCAUCACCAAAGUUGCGCGUCCGCUUUGAGGGCGAUCUUCAGUCGGCGCCACCUGCAGUGUCCCCACCAAUGUUCACCAGGAAGGAUGAGCCUCCAUCUUGGCUUGCCCAGCAACAGCAGAAGCUUCAAGAUCGCCAAGGUUACAACAUCACCCCACUAAACCAGGCUCCGGUGGUUGCCACAGAAACCACACCAGUGCAGAAUGCGAUCUAUCCUGUACACGAUCACUUGCUGAUGACUGGACCCAAGGAUGGCGGCGUGUCUGUACGAAGGGGCAUUUCACCACCCCCUCUUUCUAUCUCAACUGACUUGGAACGAUCCAUCAGCGAGCUGGGGCAGAUGAACAGCGCCAAGCCGGCCCAGUCCUACGUCCAGCGAUCGAUCACCACCACGACCAGCCAUGAAUGGGAACCUCAUGAGAGACAGCUCAACAGGCAGCUUUCCGAUCUGACCCACGACAGGUUUCGUGACCCUGUGUUCCAGAGACCUGCCGUUGAUCAGUCACCGAAGGUCCCUGCUACACCAUCAACGCCUUAUGAUCCGGUUCCUCCAAUACUUACCAAUGCACAGCUGAGGAACGAUGGGAGAGAGGAGAUAGAGCGCUGGAAUAAUUACGGGUAUAGCUAUGACAACAGUUCUAUGCAAGAGACUGGUCAAACAUUGCCAGGAUCGACUCCUGCAUCACAGAGCUUCGUUCCAACCAGUCCUAUGCAACAGAAGAUGGAUGGCGAAAGGAGUCCAGUAGGACGUCAUUAUCAUAUUCCAGAAUCACGAUUGCCAGAUUAUCAACCUUACGAGCAGCAAACCGAUCAGCAGCCGACUCAAACGGAGCGCAAAGUGCGGACGUUAAACAAACAAACCCUGCAUGUGGAGUCCUCUAACCCAUCUCAAAGUGUGACUUUUAACACUACCCAUCCCCCUCUUUCCUCCAUGCAUGGAAGCACCCCUCCCCAGGAGCGAGUCUUCACCCGUAGCGUGAGCAACUCUGGCCUUAAUGAACUUGAGACUAACAAUAACAACUCCAGCGGAGAGGAUGCCUUCAGUAGUCUUGACGAUGCUGUCAAGAUGCUCUCUCACUGGAGUAAUGAAAUCCAGAAACUCAGCGCCCCUUACAAAUCACCAUCAUCGAUUGACGCUAACCAUAACACGCAUGCCUCACUAGACACCAGUGCCAUCCUUUCUCAUCAUCAACUCAACAACAACAACCAAUCAGAUGACAGGAUUAACCCAUCUCACUUUCAAACCCACCAAUCCAACGGCGGGUACCAUUACACAUCUCAAACAUUGACCAAUCACAGACCUCAGGCUACGUCCACGCCCAGAAAGAACUUUGAUGAGGUGGAUCUGCACAUUGAUGAACCAACAGAGGUAGACAACAUACCAAAAGGGUUGGUGGCGGACAGAUCUCCAAAUUUUAUGGACAGGUCGCCCCCGGCUGCCCAGACCCGCCCACCUCGUCGCACCAACAACCAGUCCGGGUACGACUCUGAUACUGGUAUCCAGCAGUACUACCGCCCCCCUCGUAGGCGCAACUUUAUUGACCCUGGAGCAGAGGUCUGGCUUCAAAACCCCGGUGGACUCCCAAGGAAGGAGACUGAAUAUUGGAACCGGAAGGAUGGACUGAAGUCUAAAGAACCUCCAAAGGAGUAUGACCUGAGUUCAUCCAGCGAGAGCAUCUCUGGUCCCAAGACACCCAAGUUCCCUGUCGGUCCCCGGGCUUACGCCAACAUGACCAAGACCUUCAUCGUCAAUACUGGAGCGCCACCGCAUGGUGAGAUAGGAAAGGCCUUGCCGCCCCAACUGCAUGCCGGCUAUCACCCUGGACCUGAUCAGCCGCUCCCUCUGCAGCGAACCAUGCAUCGCCAGGACAGCUUUGAGAUCCCGCCCGUGCCUGAGUCUGCACCCCGACGCACGCCCACCGCCGAGGUGUACUCCCCUCCCCCUCCACCACCAACAGCUCCUGCCCCCGUUCAGGAGCCCGCCAGGGAGACCCCCCAGCCCAUGUACUCGCAGAAGAGGGUGAUCACCGUGGAGCACAGGAUGGAGCCUAACAGACAGCCCCAGGAGUGGACCCCUACCCCAGCGGCUCCUAGUCCAGAGCAUAGGUACUACACACCGCCAGCCACUAGGCAAACUCCUCUGGGAGAUGAGCCACUCAGGCAACUGGAGUACCUGGAGAGUGAGCCAUGGAUGGGCCGUCAACCCAUCUUGCAUUCUCCUCCUCAUCGUCCCAACUCACCAGUCGAGAUAACGCCCUGGACGCCUCCUGUCGUUACCAACACCAUGUCUUCAACCGGUCCUAUGCAUACGGUAAGCAACGGUGUACCUCAGACGGUUACAACGACCCAGUGGAGACGGGAGAUCACCCAUCAACAGCAACCCAUAGAGAUCACUCCUAUUACUAGAGAUGUUGCAGAAGAGGUGGAAGCCAGAAAACCAAGGAAUCUUGAACCUCCUGUAAGUCUUGUUGAAGAUGUGAUGGAACCGCCUACAGUCUCUCCGGUUGUUGAAGCAAGAUUCACCCCUCGCUAUGUGCGGGAAGUCAAUGCUGCUCCCCCACCCUCCCAGCAGGCACCCCUACCCCAGAUGGCCAGUACCCCAACCCAGCCCAGGGUGAUACAAUACCAGGAGCAGCCACCCCGC